AUUAAACUCAUUAUACGGUUGUACCAGCAGUCUGCCACUGACUGGUAACGUUAAAAUUAAUUUUGUUUUUUAAUAUAUUUUAACAAAACAAUUUCAACAAUGGCUAGAGUAUUAAUUUUAUUGUCUGUAAUUUUGUUCAGUGUCUAUAUGACAGAACAAGCAUACUUUUUGGAAAACGACUAUAUCAACAAAAUCAACGAAAAAGCAACAACAUGGAAGGCUGGUAUCAACUUUGAUCCAUCUACACCGAAAGAACACAUUUUAAAACUUUUGGGAUCCAAAGGUGUACAAAUUCCAAGCAAACUUAAUUACAACAUGUACAAAUCAGAAGACAAGGAAUACGAUAAUCUGCUCGGCAGAAUUCCAAGGAAAUUUGACUCGAGGAAAAAGUGGAAACAUUGUACUACUAUUGGAAAAGUCCGAGACCAAGGAAAUUGUGGAUCGUGUUGGGCAUUAUCUACAAGUUCAGCGUUUGCUGACCGUCUAUGUGUAGCUACAAACGGAGAUUUCAACCAAUUAUUAUCUGCAGAAGAAUUAACUUUCUGCUGUCACAAGUGUGGAUAUGGCUGUAAUGGAGGAUACCCAAUAAAAGCAUGGGAACGUUUUAAGAAACACGGUCUUGUCACCGGAGGAGAUUAUAAAUCAGGAGAAGGCUGUGAACCAUACAGAGUCCCUCCUUGUCCCUAUGACGAACAAGGAAAUAAUACUUGCGCUGGAAAACCAAUGGAACAAAAUCACAGAUGCACGAGAAUGUGUUACGGAGAUCAAGAACUUGAUUUUGAUGAAGAUCACAGAUACACAAGAGACUCGUAUUACCUUACAUACGGAAGUAUCCAAAAGGACGUUAUGACAUAUGGUCCCAUUGAAGCAUCAUUCGAUGUUUAUGAUGAUUUUCCCAGUUACAAGUCAGGAGUCUACAUUCGAUCAGAAAAUGCUUCAUAUUUAGGAGGGCAUGCCGCGAAAUUGAUUGGAUGGGGUGAAGAAUACGGAGUGCCAUAUUGGUUAAUGGUUAACUCAUGGAACGAAGAUUGGGGUGACAAUGGACUUUUCAAAAUUCAACGAGGCACAAACGAAUGUGGAAUCGAUAAUUCGACUACUGCUGGUGUACCAGUAACUAACUAAGUGUAUUAUUAGUUAAAAUAAUUUUAAAAAUGUCGUGAUGAAAUAAAAUCAAUUUUUAUUGUUCUAA